AUGAGGAGGACAGCGUCUCUGAAUUUAAGUUAUGAUGGUAGCAAAGAUGUGGGUGUGGUUUUCGCCGAUCUCAGAAAGACUGGGUUGAGGUUGGAUGAGGUAGUUGCUGUUCAGUGUCUGAUCAAUGGAUCAUUUGAUGUAUCGUUUAAGUCACCUGUCAUUUGCCGUUGUGCGGCAAGUAAGUUGGUUUCGGGCCCGAAUAUUAGGCCAUAUGAUAGCAGAGUGACUGUCACUGUGCUGUAUGUGGAAUUUGAAGUUCCAGAUAGUUUUGUGAGGUGCGUGUUGUCAAGGUAUGGUGAGGUUUUGGAUUCACGUAUGCUGUCGCAUCGUGCUUUUCCAAGUGUUCUGAAUGGCAACCGCCAGUAUUUGAUAGAUCUUAAGGAAAACAUCCCGUCGCAGGUGCGCAUUGGUUCCAGGUAUUGUUGGGUUUCGUAUUGGGGUCAGCCACGGACUUGCUUGCGUUGUGGAGAGGAGAGUCAUAUGAUCCGAGAGUGUGAGCGCAAGAAGUGCAAUCGCUGCUUUCAAUUGGGUCAUGUGGCCCUAGAUUGUACCAAUGAUAUUGUCUGCUCUAUUUGUAGUGCCAGUCGGCACGUGUUUCGUAAUUGCCCGGUUUCCUUUAGUGCUAAAGCUAGGGGUGAUAGGCAGGAUGGGGUAGAUGAUGGUACUGAAGAGAGUCAUCGUGAGGGGGCGGAGGUUCAGGGGGAUCUGUGGCGACCGUUGUGGUAG